AUGGUACAAAUCUCAACAGCGUUAGAUGCCGCAGGUGUACCACUUAUUGAAGUAACGCAUGGAGAUGGCAUUUCUGGAGCCUCUGUGAACUAUGGGUUUCCUGCUCAUAGUGACCGUGAGUACCUUGAGGCUGUUAUUCCCAAAAUGAAGAACGCUAAAAUUUCAGCACUACUGUUACCUGGAAUUGGGACGGUUGAUGAUCUUAAAAUGGCUUAUGAUCUAGGGGUUUCAACCAUCCGUAUUGCGACACAUUGUACGGAGGCUGAUGUUGCUGAGCAGCAUAUUGGUAUGGCUUCAGGGAUGGCCGGUUUAGAUGUUGUUGGGUUUUUAAUGAUGGCACAUAUGAUUCCUGCGGAGCAGCUGUUAGAGCAAGCUCUAUUGCAGGAGAGUUAUGGUGCAAAUUGUAUUUAUGUUACGGAUUCUGCUGGUGCAAUGUUGCCUGAUGAAGUUACAGAAAAAAUUGCACUAUUUCGUCGUGAACUUAAACCAGACACGGAAGUAGGUUUCCAUGGUCAUCAUAAUCUCGGUAUGAGUAUUGCCAAUUCUCUUGCAGCAGUCGAGGCUGGAGCUAUUCGUAUUGAUGGCUCUGCCGCUGGUCUUGGUGCUGGUGCUGGUAAUACACCGCUCGAAGUGUUUGUAGCCGUUCUUGAUCGGAUGGGGGCAACUCAUGGUGUUGACCUUUGGCAACUAACAGACGUGGCAGAAGAUCUUAUAGUGCCGCUGAUGGAUCAAGCUAUCCGUAUUGAUCGUGAUUCUUUGGUCCUUGGUUAUGCUGGCGUGUAUUCUUCCUUUUUACUCCAUGCCAAGCGUGCUGCUGAGAAAUAUGGUCUUAGCUCACGUGAUAUCUUAGUUCGUCUAGGGGAAAUGAAGACCGUUGGAGGCCAGGAAGAUAUGAUUGAAGAUGUCGCAUUAACAAUGUGUAAAGAACAACAAUCUGCAUAA